AGAAAGUGAUGACCUUUGAAAGAUGGUGGUGUGUUUUAACAGAUGAACUUGAUCUCUGCAUUCAGGGAUCUGUGGAGAACAAAUUUACCACACUUCAUUAAAAACAGAUUUUCUUGUGGAUUCCCUAAAGACUGGGAACUAUUAAGAAGAAAGUGGAUCAUGUUUUUAAAAGCGGGAGAACCACAAGAUUUUCAGUGGAAGGGAAAUGACAAUGCAGCUAUUUUAGACAGCUGUUCCUCAUUAGAAAAGCCCCCUGGACAAUCAUUGCAAGAAAGUAGUUGUGAGGAAUUCAGAAACAAAACUCAAAAGAGGAAUUUUGCAUUUUCACCCUUACCUGCAGAUACAGUUCAUGGACUUGAUUCUAAUAAUGCUAUAGAUGAAAAAUGUGAUACUAACAAAUCAUUUUCUGGCAACUGA